AAAGAAAUUUUCAAUUAAAAAUCUAGUUUUUUUUUUAAUAAGUUCGUCGUUCUAAAAGAAAAGAUUAAUUUAUUGUGACGAAUUAUGUAUCUUGCUUGAUUAAAAAAUUAAAUCAAAAUUCUAUAUAAAAAUAAUCUAAAAGCAAACAGCCACUAAACUUCUACACGCAACAAAACAAAACAAACUUCUUCACAAUGGCUGAUGACUGUAGCUGUGAGUGCGUUUGGACGCACGAAAUGGCAAUCCGGCGAUUGUUGUCGUUGAUACGCCAAAGCCAGUCAUCCUGCACAGACACAGAAUGCAUAGACCUGCCUAGUAGUCUUCCAAGUCCAACAGGUGGUGAAGAAACAAGUUUCACCAUGAUGACAAUGUUUAUGAUUUUGGCUGUGAUUUUAUACUUUAUUCGGCCAGAUUCUAUCAUCAAAGUUGUCAAUUCCAAGAAACCCGGUGAUCGACCAUCUGGAGGGCGGGAUCCCCCAAGUGGUGAUGCACCGCCAGCUGUUAACUGAUAUUCAUUGCAGUUUAAAUCAAAUUCUUUGACAAACAAAAGACAGACAAAUUAUAUAAGUAGCAAACAAAAUAAACACAAUUAGCUGAUAUAAGAUUUUUUUCUUAAAAUAAAACAAAAAAUAACAUCACAAGCCACGACUUUUAAAAAGUAAUAAAAUAUGAUAUCAAAGAAGAUAAGAGCUUACUACUUGUCCCUUUUUUCACAAUGCAUACAUAGAAACUUGUGUAUACCAAAAUUGUAAUUUUAUUUUUUUUUUUUAACCAAUCUGGUGCAAUAUUGUAUGUCAACUUUGUUUUUUUUUUUAUAUGAAUUUAAAAUUGAAAUAUGAAUCUUUUUGAAUUAAAAUUGAAUAUAACAUUAACAUAACAGAUGAUUUUAAAAAGAGGAUCUAUAAAUGUAGACCAUAAGUGUAACUUUAUUUAUUUUAAAAAUUGAAAAACCGUAAAUAAAUUAUUCCAAAACAAAUCAAUUUUUCUAAAA